CAUUUCGCAUUGCAUUCACCAGCUGCAAUAAGUUAUGCUUGAAUACGAAUGAAAAUACGAAUAAACGGAGUGGAUUUAUCAUUGUGUCAGCUACGCAGCUGCUAGUGCUCCAACUUGCCGCAAUAUAGCUAAACUCACAAAAUAGCCUUAGAAAGAGUGAAUUAAUUAGUGGAAUUGAUCGGUGUAAUUGAAAAACACAGUAACUCUUGAAAUGGGAAAGUUAAAGAAGAAACAGGCAAACAAGUUUGCUGCCAUGAAACGGAUGAUCAGUCUUUCCGAUCAAAGAAUUAAGGAGAAAGACAGAUUCAAGAAACCCAAGAAAGAGAAACCUGACGAGCUCAAAGUGAGGGAAGUGGCACAAUAUUCAUCCGCACUAUACUUCAAAUAUAACGAACAGCUGGGACCGCCGUAUCGCGUGUUAAUGGAUACGAACUUUAUUAAUUUCUCAGUGCUUCACAAACUCGACAUUGUGCAAGCUAUGAUGGAUUGUCUGUACGCUAAAUGUAUCCCGUAUAUCACCGACUGCGUCAUGGGCGAAUUAGAAAGGUUGGGUACGAAGUAUCGCGUAGCACUUCGCAUUGCUAGAGAUCCGCGGUUCGAACGACUAACAUGCUCACACAAGGGCAUUUACGCGGAUGACUGUCUAAUCAAACGAAUAACAGAGCACAAAUGCUAUAUCGUUGGGACGUGCGACAAAGACUUAAAACGGAGAAUUCGUAAAAUACCUGGAGUGCCGAUUAUGUACAUUGUAGAUAAACGCUACACAAUUGAACGGAUGCCAGAUGCAUACGGAGCUCCCAAAAACAAAUAGGGCAUUUCAUAAAUAAAAUACGAGUUUCCUAUAGGUGUACCCAAGCUAUUUGAACAAAGACAAUUUAAACAAAGAAACAGCAAAUUUUCGCAAAGAAAGAUUCAACGUUGUUAAGAUUAAUUAUUGUGUACAUGUACAUACGUAAAAAAUAAUGCGUGUUAUGAUUUAAACGUUGUAACGAUAUAUAACAUAACCAAUGAAGGUCUGUGGUUUACAUUAAAUAUGAAAUA